GUGCCAUCCCUGUUUAACGUAACCCUAACCUAACAUUUCAAUAUUUAGUUAUGUUUGUAAUAUGAAUAUGUUUAUAAUAUUAAAACUGCAAUGAGUACCGAAGAAGUGAAAACAGAACCGAAACCGGUCUUCAAAGUGGCCUCUUUCCAGCAAAACAAAAACCCCAACAAGAAACGAGCUUGGAAAUCUCUGAAACAAAUUAUCACUUCGGAGAGAGCUCUGCCUUGGCCUGAAGAUGUUAUUCAUUACAGUUCGAUAAAUGCACCUCCAUCGUUUAAACCGGCCGAAAAGUUUUCGGAUUUGUCCGGUUUACAUGCACCAUACACCGAUCCUCAAACCAGACUGAGAUUUGCCAAUAAGGAAGAAUAUGCCACUCUAACUGAUUUACCUAUGGACAUUACGGCAGGAUAUCUUGCCCUACGAGGGGCAACUAGCAUAGUGGGAUAGUUAUUGCCAUUUGUAUGAUUUUUUAUUUAUAUUUUUUAGUAAAUUUUUAAAACACAAAUUUGCUUCUCAAUUUAAUUGGUCUAAAUAAAAGUACUUUUUAUGUUUUAAGAUAUUUAAUUACAA